CAGGAGCGCACAGUCACAGUGCGCUGUGACAACAAUGUUGGCACUGUCCUGCUGGUAGAACUAGAGGCCAGGCCAGGCUUUCUGCAUUGCCUUAAGGACUGGUUCUGUGCCAAGCUGGUGGUGACCACACCUGAAGGAGAUGAAGUCGUCUUCCCCUGUUACCAGUGGCUGGACAGCAAAAAGCCAAUCGUCUCUCUCCGGAACAGCAAGGCUACACUUGUCCAGAAGGAAACAGAAGCUACCCUCCGCUUCCAAAGGCGACAGGAGCUCAAGGAGAGGCAGCAGGACUUCAGACUGGCUGAGCUGGAGCUUGAGAGUUUGAUGGCCUGCUCAGAAUCAUGGCGCAGUUUCAACCAACUUCAGUCAAUCCUCCGUCACCCCAAACCCAACAAGGCUGGAGCUUACGUCCAGCAGCACUGGCAGGAAGAUGAGUUCUUUGGCUAUCAGACGCUCAAUGGAUUGAACCCCAUGCUGAUUGAGCUCUGCACCAAGCUGCCCAGCAAUUUUCCCGUCACUGAGGACAUGGUCAGGUCUUCUUUGGAAGGAGGCAGUUUGAAGACGGAAAUGAUGAAAGGAAAUAUCUUCCUCUGUGAUUAUAAACGCCUGAGCGGAUUUAAGGGAAAUAAGAUUGAUGGGAAACAGCAGUAUCUGGCUGCUCCACUCUGUCUGCUCUACAGCACCCCUGAGAAAACUCUCAAACCCAUCGCUAUACAGUUGCACCAGAAACCGGAUGAAAACAACCCCAUCUUCCUGCCCACUGACUCCCAGUGGGAUUGGCUCUUGGCAAAGAUCUUUGUGAGGAAUGCAGAGUUUCAGGAACAUGAGCUCAACUUCCACCUGCUGCGUACUCACCUGCUGGCUGAGGUUUUCACCAUUGCAACUCUCCGUAACCUGCCAUCAGCUCACCCGCUGUACAAGCUCCUGAAGCCCCACACUCUCUACACACUGCAGAUCAACAUCAUGGCCAGAAACCUGCUGAUCUCACCUGGAGGAAUUUUUGAUAAGUUCACUUCAAUAGGUCAGAAAGAUGCAGUCAAGACAUACCUGCCCAAAGCCUUCUCCACCCUGACCUACAGCUCCCUCUGUCUUCCGGAAAAUAUCAAGGAGAGAGGUCUGCAGGACAUCCCCAACUACUUCUAUAGAGAUGAAGCCCAAAAGCUCUGGAACAUCAUCAACAAGUAUGUUGAUGGAGUUGUGAAGUGCUACUAUCUCAGCGCUGAGGACGUGAAGAAAGACUCAGAACUGCAGAACUGGAUCAGUGAAAUAUUUAACUUUGGAUUUCUGGGAAGAGAACAGAGUGGAAUUCCGAAGUCUUUCAGCACAGUGGACGAGCUCAUCAAGUUCGUGACGAUGGUGAUCUUCACGGUGUCGGCUCAGCACGCUGCGGUUAACAACAGCCAGUUUGAUUUCGGGGGCUGGAUGCCCAAUCUGCCGACCGCCCUCAGACUCCCCCCACAAUGCAAGAAAGGUGUGAGCACAGAGAAAACCAUAUUUCAAACACUGCCUGAUGUCAACACUACCAUCCAUGGCAUGGCUGUUCUGUAUCUGCUGAGCAGGAAGUCCUCUGACCACUACCAGCUUGGAGAUUUUAAGGAGGAGCUAUUCAGCGAGGCUGUACCAUGUGGCCAUAUUGAAGAAUUUAAGAAAACUCUUAAAAUAUUAGAGGCUGAAGGAACCAGUCCCUUGAACCUGGCUACCUUUACUUAA